AUGGAUUUACGUGUAGGCAGAAAAUUCCGUAUUGGUAGAAAGAUUGGAAGUGGUUCCUUUGGUGAAAUUUAUCAUGGUACAAACUUAAUCAGUGGUGAAGAAGUGGCUAUCAAAUUGGAAUCGAUCCGUUCAAGACAUCCUCAAUUAGAAUACGAAUCUCGUGUUUAUCGAUAUUUAAGCGGUGGCGUGGGUUUACCCUUUAUUAGAUGGUUUGGUCGUGAAGGCGAAUAUAAUGCUAUGGUUAUAGAUUUACUAGGUCCAUCUUUAGAAGAUUUAUUUAACUAUUGUUAUAGAAAAUUCUCUUUUAAAACUGUCAUCAUGUUAGCAUUACAAAUGAUUUGUAGAAUUCAAUAUAUUCAUGGUAGAUCCUUUAUUCAUAGAGAUAUUAAGCCGGACAAUUUCUUAAUGGGAACAGGAAGACGUGGUUCCACUGUUCAUGUAAUCGAUUUCGGUUUAUCAAAAAAAUAUAGAGAUUUUAAUACUCAUCGUCAUAUUCCUUAUAGAGAAAAUAAAUCAUUAACGGGUACAGCUCGUUAUGCAAGUAUUAAUACACAUUUGGGAAUUGAACAAUGUAGAAGAGAUGAUUUGGAAUCCUUAGGAUAUAUCUUUGUCUAUUUCUGUAAGGGUUCCUUACCAUGGCAAGGGUUGAAAGCAACUACUAAGAAACAAAAAUAUGAUAGAAUUUUAGAGAAAAAAUUAAGUAUCAGUACAGAAGUAUUAUGCGAAGGUUUACCUUUGGAAUUUAAAGAAUAUUUGGAUUAUUGUAAGAAUUUGAAGUUUGAUGAAAGACCAGAUUAUUUAUAUUUGGCAAAAUUGUUUAAGGAUUUAAGCAUUAAAUUGGAAUAUCAUAAUGAUCAUUUGUUCGAUUGGACAAUGUUACGGUAUACUAAAGCAAUUAUCGAAAAACAAUCAGCAGAUAUUUUAACUAUUAAAGAAAAUAAUGAUGCAGAAAAUAAUAACAAUAAUAGUAAUAAUAGUAAAGCUGAAGUGUUUAAUAAGAUUAAACAAUUGACUUUAAAGAAAUUUUCGUCACAUUUCCAUUAUUAUCGUAGUAAUGAUAAACAUACUCCAACGCCGGAUGAAAUUAAAUUGCAAACAAAUGAAAAUAAUAAUAUUAUUCCUGCUUUACCUCAACAAUUAUUAUCAGUAAUAGAUAAAUCAUUGGAAAAUAUUAAUGCUACAGACUCUACAAAGCAAGAUCAACAGCAGCAACAACAACAGUCGCAGCAGCAGCAGCAACAACAACAACCUUUGCUAGAUCAACAACGUCAACAGGUCAGUCAUCAAGCACCACCACAACAGAAUAUACAGCAACGUCCAGGUGCUACUUAUUAUCCACCAACAAGUAGUAACCCGCAACAACAGCAGCAGCAGCAGCAGCAAAGUAAUAACAACAUAUGGCUGUAG